UGUGCUGGAAACUUAUCAGAUCUUUGUUUUGUUUUUAUCGAGCGUUUCUGAAGAAUGAACGGCCACUUUCUAGGGGUUUUGGUGCCACUUUGGUUGAACUUUUAAGUUCUGUUGGACACCUUUAGGAGCGUGUUUGUAUCGUUAAACAUGGAGGAACUAAAAGCCACCGUGGGUUUUCCCCACAAGUCCUCAUUCAGCAUCAGCAGCUUACUGCUCCGAAACGAGCGCGCGAGAACCGACGCUGCCGCCGCGCCAGAAGCACCGCGCUCCCGCGCCGCGAAGCCGCCUGCGCGCUCCAAUCAGCCAAAUGACGGAAAACACAAACCUAUUCGAGAGCGGAACGACUUAGCGACCAGACCGGAUAAAAAAGAGGUAGUUGGAGAGCCAAAGUGUGAAGGAACUGAUGGACAGGAGAAGAAGAGUAAACCCGAUAAGCCUCCGUUCAGUUAUAACGCGCUUAUCAUGAUGGCCAUCCGCCAGAGUCCGGAGCGACGGCUCACCCUCAACGGCAUCUAUGAGUUCAUCAUGGGCAACUUCCCGUACUACCGAGAAAACCGGCAGGGCUGGCAGAACUCCAUCCGACACAACUUGAGCCUCAACAAGUGCUUCGUCAAGGUCCCGCGCCACUACGACGACCCUGGAAAAGGCAACUACUGGAUGCUGGACCCGUCCAGUGAUGACGUGUUCAUCGGCGGAACCACCGGGAAACUCAGGCGCCGGUCUACCGCGGCGUCCCGAGCCAAGCUGGCCAUGAAGAGAGGCGCGCGGCUGUCUUCCACCUCCACCGCCGCCGGACUCGCGUUCGCCGGCUCGUUUUACUGGCCCGUCCCGCCGUUCGUGACGCUCCAGCAUCGCCAGCCGAACUCCGCGGCGCACCACAACAACUACGCCGCGUCGGUUCUGUCCCAAAGCUCGCGUCACUUCAGCUCGGUCGGUCCCGCAGCGGAAAGACUUCUUCUCCCGUCCGGCCAAGAGGCAGCUUAUUGUGGGAUGGGUUGUGAACAGAUGACCUCCGCCUCCUCCUUCACCACAUCUGCGUCUGUGCCUCUGCCUCUCUCUGCGCCCUGCUCUUUUAAUUUACUCUCCAAUCAGUCCAGUUACUUUUACUCUCAUCAGGUGCCUCACACAGCGGGACUGUCGCCCUGGUCGCAGGAGGAAUCGUACUUCUCCAAAACAUCUCCUUCUGGACAAUUUUUCCCGGGAAAGCCAUCUCCUUCUUCCGAAUACGUUGGAGGACUAUGUACAGACAUUCCCAGUUAUAUUCCUCAUUUUAACACAGCCACCUCGAUGCACUGA